AUGCCUCAACGGGGCCGUGAGUCUUCUGUGUCUCACAAAAGGCCAUUGGUCCCUCCGUCAACCAUUCCCCUGGCCUCCCACUGGAAGCAGCAUUCGACACAGCCUUCCAGCGGACAUGUGACCUUGCCCAGUGAAGAGGACUCUGAGGGUAUCUUGACCUCUGACUGCGCGAAAGUGCAUCACGUCUUUGGGGGAGUGAAGGAUGGGCUAUCUGAGACCCGGCGUGGCCUCGUCCCAGAGGAGGAGGACUCCGAUGGCAGACAGGGGGAGGAUAUAGAACAGUCACCCACCGGGGUUAUGACAAAGUUCUACGAGAUGGGAGGCGGAGGGUAUAGGAAAGGAGGCGUGGAGGAUACAGGGCAGGGUUCCAAGGAAGACACAAUUCUGAGGGCCUACUACAUGCAUGGAUUCUCUGAAUCCUUGGGUGGCCACAGACGCCAUCAAAACCCAAAUCUUUGGAACUUUUCCAUCAGAGACAGCACUCUGGUUACUUGCUCGAUGAAGAGAACUCUGAGGGCAUUUUUAAAAGCUUGA